UCAUGGCUCAUUUCCGCUUCCGUGUCCUUGGUUGCACUCUGUGGUAUCACGCUGCAAAAGCAUCCAGGAAAAAUGGCAAAAUUAAGUAAAGAGACCAAACAGCGGCUGCAGCAACUGUUCCAGUGUGGACAAUUCGUCAUCCGAUGGGGAUUUAUUCCUACAGUGCUGUACUUGGGCUUCAAACGAGGAGCAGAUCCAGGAAUGCCGGAGCCUUCAGUCUUGGGUUUACUUUGGGGUUGAAGAAGGAUGACGCGCACCUGCAUCAACAACCUCCACCCGAAGACCACGACGACCAUCAUGCAUUGAACAUUUAGUUGGCCACAUGAAAGUCAAUGUCAGUAUAUGAAGUGUCAAUUUGGUCUGAGAUAUUUAUUUGUUAUUGUUACGACAUUGUCUUGAAGUCUGUUCCAUGUUUUUGUCGAUAAAUGUCUGACAGUAAAGCCCAUAAGUGGCCUUACGAUA